UCUAACUAAUAUUAAUCUAACAAAUAAGUUAUUCUAAAUUUUGUUUUCUAUAUUUUCAAUUGAAUAAAAAAUGUUCAUAAAAAUAUACUAUUUUACUUUUUUCAUAUUUUUGAUAAAUCAAAACGAUACAACUAGUUAUAGACUCGCGGAUGAAAACGAUUAUACUAAAUAUUUAUUUGAAGUAAUCAAUUAUGUUCGAUUUCAAGGCGAAUAUUCUUCAAUACAACACUUAAUAGACGGUUUAAUGGGAAAUUCAGAUUCCAUUCCAGACUUUAUUGGAGACUUAUGUCUACAUCUAAAUUACGAUAAUUUUACUAGAAUAUUUGAUGCUAUUAAUAAAUUACUUAUCUGUAGAUAUACAAUUGUUAUAGAAAUUUUCAUUAAAAAUAUUGGUUUAAUACUGCAAUAUUGUGAUAGCUAUCAUUUAAAAAACCAAUUUUAUGAUUUUACUGAUUGCUUAAUUACACUUAAUGACGCAUUAGAAAGUUCUAAAACUCUAUUUGAAAAUCUUAAGAAUGUCAUACAAUUCUUUAGUAAUUUAAAUAUAAAAUACGUAUUUAAAGAGUAUGAAAAAAAAACAAACAUUAUUGAUGAAAUUUCUUUUAUUAAUAAUCGCAUUCAAUCGAAAAGAAAAUUGGAUAUACUUGAGUAUAUCGAUAACAACGCUAAUCCUAAAGUUGAGAUGGUCGUUGAGGAUUUUGAAAAUGUUAAAAGUUUUCAUAACAUUAUAUCUUCGAUGAUUUCAUUUACUUCUAUUAAAAACAAUAAGUACUGUAGUUUCCAAGAUGAAUUAAAAAAUGAUGAUGCAAUGGAGCACGAUAACUAUUCAAUUUUGUGUUUAGAUCAUGUCCAAGUAUGUAAUAAUCUCAAAGUAUUUUAUAAUGAAGCAUUCAAGGUCGAGUACAUCAAUUUGGGUUUUCAUAACUUACUACAUCCGACAACACCAGGACUCAUAUCACCAUUAUAUAAUGACUCAUCUGAAGAUCUCGCAGACAAUGUUAUAAAUACACUAUUUAACGUGAAUAAUAGGCAAUCGUUAAUUAAUACGAAAAUUCGGGUGAACGAUGGAAUUAAAGAUUUAAAUGAAAUACAGCAUGAUGAAGACAAUCUAAUCAAUUUAUUUAAAAGAAAGCAAGAAGUUGCACACAUAUUGAAGUGUAGAUAUAGUGAAUUAUUAAGACGCGUUACUGUCUUUUUAACUGCUAUGCAACAUUUAUGCCUGAGACAACAUUAUAAUAAAAAUUUUAAUAACUUAAAUACUUGUGUAAAUUCCUUGAAAAGUACAUUACCAUCAGUUACAACUAUGAUCAAUCGUUUAUUAGCAAUUUUGGCCUUGUUAAAAAAAGCGUCCAUUGGGGAUUAUAUGGCGAAAUCGCAAUCAUGUUUAAAAAAUGUAGUGAAAAUUGCAUCAGAAUAUAAAUAUAUUUUAAAAAACCAAAAUAUUUCUUUAACUGCUGAAACUAAUGCAGCAAAUGCAUACACAUUUUUGAUAGAGUUCCGUCAAAAGCAAUCUGUUGUGACUCAGUUAUUUUCAGAUACUAAAGCCAAUCAAUUUCAUAAAAACUAUUGUGUUUUUGACAAACCAUUGUUAAAUAAAUUUCAAUUAAUAGACUCAUAUCAAAAUAUUCGAAAUAAUCGUAAUUUAAUAUUUUAUAGAUUAAGUUCAGAUUUAAUACAAAUUUGUGAAGAUUUUUUUAAAACUGACUACGAUUUAUGUUUUAGUAAAUUAGUAAACUAAUAUAUUAUUUUUUAUAAGUAAAAUAAAUACCAUUUUACAUUUUUAAAAUUUCCUUGGGUAUGAUUCAAUAAAGCCUAUAGAUGUAUUGUAAUAACAUUAAAAUCUUUUAAAUUGUUAAAUUUACUUAACAUAUGUUAAAAAUU